AGAGCAUUUGAUUGUGAUAGUUAGGUGAAGAUCUCUUCGACUUCCGAGAUGUCAUCCAAGGUUAUGGUCUUUAUUGCUUUCUGGGCAGUUGCAAUUGCCGUUCCUCUUGACUCUGCAGGACAGAAUCUCGUAGAUAAUGGAGAUAACCAUAUUCCACAAUAUACCUUUGGGUAUGAUGUCCAUGAUCCCUUUACUGGUGACAGCAAAAGUCAAGUAGAAACAAGAAGUGGUGAUAAAGUUCAAGGUUCUUAUUCGCUGAAUGAUCCUGAUGGUACACGUCGUACAGUCGAUUAUACUGCCGACGAUGUCAACGGAUUCAAUGCAGUGGUGAGAAAAACACCUUCGAUAAUAUCAGCGCAUGUAGUAGCCCCCUUGGUAGCUCCCGUCGCCCAAGUAGAAAGUGCAACCCCAGUUGUGGCAAAUGUAGCUCCGGUGGCUUCUGCGGUAUCUUCAACUACUUCGACAGUUGUUCAUGGACCGACCGUUGCACGUUAUAAUGUGCCUCACGGUUUUACAUCUUUUCACGCUCCUGUGAUUAACCACUUGACUUAUUCUGCGUUACCACUCAGCUAUCCAUGGUUCAAUCCUACAUACUACUCAUCUGUGCCGGAGUACAGAACCUACUACCACUAUUGACUCGAUCAAACUUCAGGAAGAAAAGCUGGUAACUAGGAACAAUCGAGAAGUUAUCGUUAUUCUAACUCAAGAAAUUUAUUGAUUUUAAAACAUUCACUUAACAAUUCAGGAAUAUAAGAUUGGGAUAUCAUAAUUUCUCGAUAACUACAACGUCGAGUUCAUAUUUAUUUAUCAAUAAAUCCAAUUUCUUAUC